AUGGCUUCUGAGAUGGAUUCUUCUCAGGCCUUAGAGGCUGAUGCCUCUACGAAUAAACGGCCUAUUGAUAUCGAAACCAUGGGGCGCAAGAAAUUCAAGACUGAGGACCUGCCCUUUACUCCCGUGCAGCAUGCUGCCAUGGAUAAACUCCGCCAUGCGUUCAAGAAGAAGGGCUAUUUCGAUCUUGUUCGCAAGCAGCUCUGGACCGGCUUCAAUGAGGGUGAACCCAGGACCAUGUUUACCAAUGAACUGCUCGCGCUCGCCGAAUCAGAAAUUGAUCGUGAACCCGCCCUGCUUUCUCGCGAGAGAGGAAAAGCCGCGACAUUGAUCGAAGGAGCUGUUGAUCGUGGUGAUGUCUAUAAGAAUGUGGAGAACUCAAUCGACCAGCUUGCACUAAAACACGCCGACUUUAUCCUCGAAUCCCUCCGCGAAAUCCGCCGCCAAGAAGUUGGAGAUGAAGUUGCUAUGCGCGAACUCGAGUCAGGAAACAAGACCGAUGCGGAAUACGAUGCCCUUGUGAAAAUCGACCGUGAUAGGCGGGAGAAAAUAUGGCAGGAAGAGAAGCGCAAGGAGAUGGAGCUCGAGGAAGAGCAGCAAAGGAUCAAGGAUGAAGAGCUCCGCAAGAAGCGCGAACUUGACCGGCAGAAGGAAGACGAAGACAGGGCUCGAAGAAAGGAAAUCGAUGAACAGAGACGAGCUGACCGUGAACGCCUGCGCGAGGAACAACGAACGCUCGAUGACCAGCGAGAAAGAGAACGACAAGAAAGAUACGAGCGGCGGAGGCGAGAAGACCGGGAUAGGGACCGCUACUGGGACCGUGAUCGCAGUCGCACUCGCGACAGGGAACGUUUCCGUGAUCGUUCUCCUGACUAUCGCCCGGACCGCGGCAUGUCUCCUCGGCUCCGGGACGUGAAACGAGAGAAGUCCAUCGCUUCAAAGGAUCCGACCCCAGCUCCAGUGGACGAAAAGUCAUUGGAGGAGGCUGCUCUGCAAAUGCUCCUGAAAGAAGGCGAAGAACUCGCGGCCAAGGCUCGAAUGAAGCCAGAGUUUGAUUUCGAAGAGGCUGAAGCCAUUGAAAAUGGCCUGAAACCGGCGUCAGCAGCGGCCAAGAGUGCCAAUGACAAGUACUCCAAUACCUCAACCAGAGCGGCCAGCCCAUCCCGCCAUUCCGAAGCAAGGCGCGGCUCAACUACAGAUCGCCGGGAGCCGUCUCGGCAUCUGAUGCGUGAUCGGAGCCGUAGUCGCUCGCGCCGACGACGCACAUCUCUGUUUGACCGCCGUGACCGGUCCCGGGACUCUGUGAGAUCCCGUGACCGUGACAUGGAUUUGCGCCGUGGUUACCGUGACUUCCGAGAUAAUCGGCCUGAUGAUAGAAGCUACAGACCGAAUCGUCGGAGCCGUAGCCGUUCCGUGGUCCGGCGUGAUCGAGCACAGUCUAAAGACCGUGACCGGGAUACUGACCGUCGCCCUGACCGUAGCCGCGACGAAGCCGACCUUCUCGUUCACCUGUUCGUCGAGGUUCGCGCAGCCGUCGCUCGCGAAGCCGUUCUCGGUCUCGCCCUCGAGUCCGGGCUCGAGACCGUUCUCGAUCCCGUUCUAGGUCCGUCCGACGGCGUUCGCGUUCUCGGCGUCGCUCUCCUUCCCCCACUCUGGACAUCGACCGCUACGUGCCUUCCACGAGCAACCGAAGCAAGUCACCUAGGCGCCGGGUCCGAACCCCAGAGAGAGAACGAGAGCGAGAUCAGCGACCACGAAUGGAAGAUCGUCGACCUCGCCGACGAAGUCCAAGCCGUCGAAGAAGCCGCAGUCGCAGACGAAGUCCUAGUCGCAGGCGGAGUCCCAGUCGCAGGCGGAGUCCUAGUCGCAGGCCUAGUCCUAGUCGCAGAAGAGAUCGCAGUCGCCGAAGGAGCCCUAGUCGUCGACGCAGCCGAAGCCGUCGCAGAAGUCCAAUUCGUCGGCGCAGUCGUAGUGGAAGGAGGAACAGGAGCUGAUGCCCUGCGCAAUUAUGUUUGUAAUAUUAAUACCAGAACUGUGCUCAAGAUCGAUCCUUCCAUCCAUGAUCCCAGUUCAGUGCAACACGACCACCUAGAAAUCUCUGAUCCCCGGCGACAAACCUCCCCAAACACACGAACCAUGCAAAAAGAAACACAAAAACCAGAGGCAGCAAAGAGCCAAACCUCGAACAAGCCAUCAAAAACAAUGAACCUAACAGAUCGCACCGCCCGCCGCCAACGCGCCUCAUACCCGCCCUCAGACUCAGACCCAACCUCAUCCUCGGGCUCCUCGUCAGAAGACUCCAGCGAAAGCGAAAGCGGAAACGAAGACGAGCACCACUCCGACCAAGAAAUGCGCGACGAACCCAGAGCCACAGCAGCAAACCCAGCCGAUCCCUCCUCAUCACUACCGCAUAUCGGCGGCCGACCCAAACCGCGCAUACACCGCAUGAAGGGCGAUUCGGAGCUCUUAUCGCGGCUUAAUGCUUUCUUGCCGAAGAUGAAGAAUGCGAAUGAGGAUUUGCAGAAGGAGAUCGAGGCUGGGAGGGUUGGGGAUCUUGUUCUUGAUAAUGCCGAUGAGAGUGGGGAGCAGUAUAUUGAGAUGGAUCUUGGACUUGGUGUCUUGGAAGAAAAGAAGGAGGGUGACUCGUCUAGUGAGGAUGAGGAUGAGGAUGAUCGCGAAGAUGCGAAGACUGGUUCUGGUGCUGCUGGGAAUACAUCUCAAGAGCUGAAGGACUCUGAUAUCAUUGGAAAGCUUAUGGGAGGUAAGGAUGAGGUCCGCCACGGCCUCCGCUGGACAGAGCAAACCUCUCCCAAGACUUACACCCAGGCUCUUGACAAAGGAAUGCGAAAUGCGUUAUUGCACGGGUCGUAUGGAAUCCUCAGCGACCUGUUCACCGAGGAAAACGCUCUUGUGGACGUUCUUACUCCCCAAGACCUAUUCUCCUAG